AUGUUUAGUAAGAAAAAGAAAAUAAAACACCACGAUGUGGUUUACGAUAAUAUCGAAAGAGACUCCAUUCCGAAGAGGGGAUAUUACUCUGAGCUCGUCUCAAACAUGACGAAAGAGGACCCGUCUAGAGAGGUCUACGCCAAGAAACGAAUGAAGUUAAUGCUACAGGCUAAAACAGAUAAGCUUGCGCCGAUGUUAGUAUCAUUGCCGAAACCGCAGAAGCCCAAGCUUCUCCUACCUCCAGGUCGGUGGACUACGUAUAGAGAAGAUGAGAGCAUUCAAUUUCCGUUUGAAACUUUCGUACCAAAACUUCAGUUCCUCAGUGUAGUGCUGCCAAAAGAAAUGCCUAGGUUGGUAAAGAUUGAGCGACUCCGAAGAAAGUUUCUCGCAGCUAAUAUUAAGAAAAUGCUUAGAGAGCUAGGUGUCCAGCCAUACUGGUUGUUACCACCAUCUGAAUAUCCCAUCACAGAACAAGAGUACUACGGCCUUUAUAGCCCAUACCCUAAACUCGACCUGGAAAUAUUCGACAACACGGAUUAUGACUGCAGGAUACCUGAAGAAUGGUUAAGUCUAGGUCUGAUUGAAGGAGAGCAGUACCCCUGUCCAGGUUUGGCGUUUCUCCCAAAGGAAGAUGGAAAGUCGAGUAAAAGCGGCGAUAUUUUCCAAAUGCUAAAUAAUUUGUAUGACUGGAUAAAUGUAGCUGCUUUUAGUUAUAACAAGGACACAGAUACGUGGGAGGUUAUGGCUUUAGAUGGCACGCAGCGACGGUUCAAUAUACCUCGCAUUCGUUUGAUGUUUAAAGCGGACGAUCCUGAGACUUUUGCUAGACGUGUCAAGUUUGCUGUGGACUUGCGUAACGAAGUUGAAAACAACUUGAGGUUCUACCUAUAUCUCGACUGUUUAUUAUUAAAUGGUCUGCCGAGAAUGCCACUGCACUACAUGCCGGAGAUUAUCAAGAUGGUUAAGAUUCACCGGCAGGCUGUCGAAGUUGAUGAAGAUCACUUAAAGGCUUUGAAAUAUGAGGGUUAUCUUUUACACAGGAAAGCUGAAGGGAAAAUGAAAAUGAUUUACAUGAUAAAGAAGUAUCCCGACUUAUACAACUUUGUGAAACCGCCGAGCAAGGAAUAUGAGGCGUCCGUACCUGAAUAUGGUCGAUAUCCGUGCGUGAUGGACGAUUUUCGGGGCCGAAUGAAGUUCAACCAGUGGAGCUCACUCUACGUACUGACUGAAUCGGUUUCCUGCAUACACCUUGUUGUCGAUGAAUGCCUUAAGGUUGAAGCAAUGCUGUUUUACACUUCAAACUACGGCCGCAAUGCUAGUCUUGGGGAGUUCGAUGCCGCGCAGCAACAUUGCACAUCUAUGAUGCUAAAAUAUUUACACAUCACGUGGUUGAACGCUACGGCACACGCGAUUAGAAUGUCAUUUAGAGAUGUCGGAAAAGGGUGGUUUAAUAUUUAUGAGAAAAAGUGGGAAUUCUAUGGAAUAAGCAAACUGUGUCGCUUUAUGCAACUAGUAAGAGUCCGUAUGCAAUACGCACUCCGAUACAGUAUCGAACAAUCAAUGGCGAUGUAUGUAAAUAUGUGUGAGACCCCGUGUGUUUGUACCUACUGGUGCGAAGAUGACUACGAGUGGGAUCCCACAGACCUCAUUAACACCCCCUUCCGAUCGCCAACGGCUACACUCUUCUAUUUUCACUUGAUGAUGUCCGAAGAAGGCCCCUAUUAUACCACACCGCCGGAACAGUUCGAGAUCGUGAUACAGAGACUGUUUAGAGAGAUGUUGUACCGGUGCCACUUUAUACCUCAAGUCCAUCCCAUGAUCAUGACGGGGCUGGUUUUCGAUAAAGAACUAUUCCUAACAUCUAUUGGUCUUAUGGAACCGAAUGUGGUUGAAUAUAGAGAGAGAUUGCUGAAGGCUUAUCGCAAAGCAAUCAUUCCCUUGAUAGCCUACAUGAAACAGUAUGAGUGUUACCGGGAUAUUUUUGUACUUGACAUUGAGGGAUAUAUUGAAACCUUCCGUGAAGAAAAGCACUCGGCCUCCGAGACUCGAGAGGAAGUACAAAUGCAUGUUGAUGCUAAACAGGAUUUGAUAUGGAGGCUGCCCCAGUAUAUCAAUAUUGGACCUUUUGCUAUCAAUGUUGAUACACUUAAGCAAAUACUAGUUACAAAACGCGCAGACAUAAUAAAAGCCUUACUGACAAUGUGGGCUGAAGAGGUGCGUACUGUUGUGGAAGACGUGAUCCAAGCUUAUAAGAGCAUCAUGAGGAAGCUUGGAGAAAAGCCAAAUACCAUAGAACACGUGUUUGAAAUCAGGGAAUGGAUGGAAUCUAUACCCUUCGCUUUGAAGACCCAGGAGGAUAUAAUGAAAAAAGUUCAUACGGAUUACGAGGUAUUGGACACGUUUUUUACGCCCUUGGAAAAUGAUGAUUUCAAAGCUUUAUGGGAGGCUAUUGGGUGGCCUCUGAAUAUUAAUAAACAAGUAGUAGCAACUACAGAUUUCUUAGAAGAAGAACAGGAAAAAUUCUGGAAACUUCACCAGCAGGAUGAACAGACUUUGUCAGACAAAAUUGAUAUGUUCACGUCGCAAUGUAUGGCCCUCACCUUACAGAAUGACUUUACCAGGGUUCAUGAAAUAGCAAAUGACAUCAAGAAGGCAUGGAAGGGAAUGAAAGAUUCCCAGGAAUGGGGCAGGGUGUUGAACCAGAGGCAAAAAUUGUUUGGACAGCCGGUCGUGCCAUUUUCAGAUCUCAAUCGUUUGGUGAAGGAAUUUGAGCCUUAUCGAAACUUGUGGGUCACUGCUUCUGAUUUCCUCAAAGCGCGCGAAGUCUGGUUCGACAAUCCCCUAAUGUACGUGGACGCGGAUUCAAUUGAGCCUCUUAUUAAUGAAUAUUACAAGACUAUAAUCAAGUGUGUGAGGACAUUUGCUGAUUUGCCCAAAGUGCAACAAGUGGCGCUCACCAUCCGGGAUGACAUUGAUGAGUUUAAGCCAUUGAUACCUGUUAUUCAAGCUGUUAGAAACCCUGGCAUGAAAGAGAGACACUGGAAUGAAUUCAUGGAAAAAGCUGGUAUUACUGUAACAAUGAACGAGAAACAAACCUUCCAAAUGUGUCUAAAGCAAGGCAUGGCGGACCAUGCUGGGCUGAUCGCAGAAAUAGGGGAACUCGCCAGCAAAGAGUAUGUCAUUGAACAGUCGUUAGACAAGAUGCAGAACGAUUGGGCUACCAAGGCUAUGGAGAUGUCGCCUUAUAAAAACACAGGGACAUACAUAAUGAAGAUAGCAGACGAGACCCUCCAACUUCUGGAUGAGCAUCUCUUGGCGACACAGCAGCUUGGCUUCAGCCCUUUCAAAGCUGCGUUCGAGUUGCGGAUACAAGAGUGGGACGAUAAAAUUCGGCUCACUCAGAAGGUUGUAGAUGAGUGGAUCGAAUGCCAGAAGGAGUGGAUGUAUUUGGAACCAAUUUUCACAUCGGAAGAUAUUUCUCGCCAACUUCCCUUGGAAGCCAAGAAGUAUGGUACAAUGGAGAGGAUUUGGAGAAGAAUUAUGUCUUCUGCUGCUGCUGUUCCAAAGAUAAUGAUAAUAUGCCCUGACAGUCGUUUAUUGGACAGCUUAGUAGAAGCCCGGCACCUAUUGGCCGUGGUGUCACGUGGCCUCAACGAGUACAUGGAGCUGAAACGGCUUCGCUUCCCAAGGUUCUUCUUCCUCAGCGAUGAUGAGUUACUGGAGAUACUCUCGCAGAGCAGAAAUCCCAGAGCCGUACAGCCUCACUUAAGGAAAUGUUUCGAGAACAUUGCUAAGGUGACCUUUGAACCGGACCUCAAAAUAACACAAAUGCAUUCGAGUGAAGGAGAAAUUGUCGAUCUCAAAUAUAAGUUCUAUCCUUCGUCGAAUGUUGAACAAUGGCUCUUAUUGUUGGAGGAUACAAUGCGGCAUAGUAUUCGCCUUACCCUUGUGGCUGGAAUGGAGGAGCUGUGGGUGCUACCUCGUGCCGAAUGGGUGCUCCGUUGGCCAGGGCAAGUAGUGAUAGCGGGAUCUCAGACUGCGUGGACGGCAGGGGUCGAGGAAGCUAUUAUUGAUUACCGAAUGGAUGGAUAUUUUGAAGAAAUGCUGAAACAGUUGGACACACUUCGAGCUCUGGUCAAAGGCGAACUGACGUUCUUCCAACGAGAAGUGCUGUGCGCCCUCAUCGUGAUAGAGGUGCACGCGCGUGACGUCACCAACACCCUCGUGUGCGAGAACGUCAAGAACGUCAGCGACUUUCAGUGGAUAUGUCAGCUGAGAUAUUACCAGAUAGUAAAAGAGAUGUAUCCUCUAGAAGAAGACGAACUCCCAGAAAUAUACCAGGAUGAGAACAGACUUGACACGUCCGCCUUCUACCGACAGUUCAGUCAGAAUCACUGUGACGUGCGAGCACUUAACUCUGUCUUCACAUACUCGAACGAAUAUUUGGGAAAUAGUGGUCGACUUGUGAUAACCCCCUUAACUGACCGUUGCUAUUUGACUCUGAUGUGCGCGAUGCAUCUUUAUUUUGGCGGCGCACCCGCAGGCCCGGCUGGCACUGGCAAGACGGAGACCACUAAGGAUUUAGCUAAAGCAUUGGCUGUACAGUGCGUGGUCUUCAACUGUUCAGAUCAACUAGACUACAUGGCUAUGGGAAAGUUCUUCAAGGGAUUGGCGGCAUCGGGUGCCUGGGCAUGCUUUGAUGAGUUCAAUCGGAUUGAUAUCGAAGUGCUAUCAGUUGUUGCUCAACAGGUGGUUACGAUACAAAAGGCCCAAAAAGCUCACUUGGAAAAGUUUAUGUUUGAGGGUGUGGAACUUCCCCUGAAGGCGUCCUGUUCAGUCUUUAUUACUAUGAACCCGGGAUACGCAGGUCGUACGGAGUUGCCAGAUAAUUUGAAAGCAUUAUUCCGUCCAAUCUCAAUGAUGGUCCCUGACUAUGCCCUCAUUGCUGAAAUAUCUCUCUUCUCAUAUGGAUUCUUCGAAGCAAAACUCUUGGCUGGAAAGAUUACUACUACAUUCAGAUUGAGUUCGGAACAGUUGUCGUCACAGGACCACUACGAUUUUGGGAUGCGAGCUGUAAAAACGGUGAUCUUGGUGGCUGGAAACCUUAUCCGACAAAUGCCGGAUGCCGACGAGAGGCAGAUAGUCCUGAGGGCGUUGCGUGAUGUCAACGUACCCAAGUUUUUGGCUGAUGAUCUUGUCUUGUUUAACGGAAUUAUAUCGGAUUUAUUUCCUCGCGUGGAGAUUCCAGUUGUUGAUUACGGCAUCAUGGAGCAGUCUAUCAGAAAUAUGCUUGUCAAAAGAGGCUACGAUGACCUUUACACUUUUAUAUUUAAGAUAAUACAACUUUAUGAGACGACAGUUGUAAGGCAUGGGUUGAUGUUGGUCGGACCGGCCGGCGCUGGGAAAACUAAGUGUUAUGAAAUUCUUCGCGACGCUCUAACAGCCAUAAGAGGCAAGUUAGCCCCAGACGGGUUCCCCUUUACAACAGUGCAUACGUUUAUCGUAAAUCCCAAAUCCAUUACUAUGGGUCAGCUAUAUGGAGAGUUCGACUUGAACACUCAUGAAUGGACCGAUGGUAUUCUAUCGAGUUUGGUCCGGGCGGGAAUAGCAGUGGAAGACACGGACAGACGGUGGUACCUGUUCGAUGGACCAGUGGAUGCUGUCUGGAUUGAAAACAUGAACACUGUUUUAGACGACAACAAGAAGCUAUGCCUAUCAAGUGGCGAGAUAAUGAAACUGACAGACAGACAGCGUAUGAUCUUCGAAGUAGCGGACUUGGCUGUGGCCUCUCCUGCUACAGUAUCUCGUUGUGGAAUGGUCUACCUCGACACCAAGGUGGUCGGUCUUCAGCCUCUUGUCAAUGCUUGGAUGAAGAGUAAUUUACCACCGAUUGCAGACAACAUCCGAAAAAUCCUCUAUAACCUAAUAACGGUCUACCUAUACCCCGCCAUUACCGUCCUCCGGUCAAAGUUGACGGAAAUAGUGGCAUCUAUUGAUUCGGCCCUCGUGCUAAAGUUCUUGGAGCUGCUGGACUACAGGCUCAGACCUCUUACUGGAAAGGAUGAUAGACCUCCCCCAGGGCCAGUAUUUAUUGCUAUGAUGCCCAAACUAGCACCUUGUUGGGUCGUGUGGGCGAUUAUAUGGUCAGUGGGAGCUACAUGCGAUCACAACGGACGAGCGAUCUUCUCAGACUUUAUGCGAAAUAUUAUGGAAGAGAAUGGGACCAGACCAGCUUUUCCAAAAGAGGGGAGGGUUUAUGACUAUACAUUACAUGACGGUGGAUUCACUGAUCCAACAGACGACGGUGAGCCAGCAAAUCCUUACUGGUACAACUGGAUGGCUAAUCUUGAGGAAUAUGAAGUAGAUCCAGAAUGGCAGUUUGCUGAUAUCGAAGUCCCAACAUUAGAUAAUGUUCGUAGUGCGGCGAUUCUGGGCUACAAGAUCGCUAACUACAACCACGUAAUCUGCGUGGGGCCGACAGGUACUGGGAAGACGGUCACGAUUUCCUCAAAGCUCUCUAGAGGGCUGCAUAAGAAAUUUAUCUGCGAAUUCCUUGUCUUUUCGGCUAGAACUUCUGCUAAUCAGACUCAGGAUGUAAUUGAUGGGAAGCUGGAACGUCGUAGGCGUGGAGUGUUCGGUCCACCGCCCACCAAGAGACAGGUUUUCUUCAUCGACGAUCUGAACAUGCCGGCCCUCGAAGUAUAUGGAGCGCAGCCCCCUAUAGAACUUCUAAGGCAGUUCAUGGACUUUUCUGGCUGGUAUGACCGUACGAGUAUCGGUGACUUCAAGACUCUGAUCGAUGUGGGCAUCGUAGCGGCCAUGGGACCACCCGGAGGGGGACGGAACCCCGUUACUAUGCGACUGAUGAGACAUUUCCACUACGUCUCGUUUACUGAGAUGGAAUACAACAGCAAGUACUGUAUCUUCAGUACGAUUUUAAAAUCGUGGACCCGAAACUUGGAAAAAGUAUCAGUCCGUGAGAAUCCCUUUCUCAAGGGCUCUAUCGAGAUAUUUAAUUCUCUGGUAGAAGAGUUACUGCCGACUCCGACCAAAUCCCACUAUACUUUCAACCUACGGGAUCUUAGCAAAGUCUUUCAAGGCAUUCUUAUGAUGGAUCCACACUUCGUCAAGGAUGAAGACGAUGUGAUACGGUUAUGGUAUCACGAACACCAACGCGUGUACCAAGACAGAUUGGUUAAUAAAGAAGAUCGCAUGUGGUUUGUCAACUUGUUGGACAAGAAAAUUAAAACGGAAUUUGGCAAAAAAGCUAGCGAAGUUGUUGGAGGAAGAUUGAUGCUGUUUGGAGACUUUAUGGACAUUGGAGCUGAUGAUAAAAAGUACCUGGAAAUUACUGAUCAAGAGGAGCUUGACGAAGUUCUGGCCCAUUAUCUGAAUGAAUAUAACACAUCGUCGACAGCACCUCUUGACCUGGUUCUCUUUGAUGACGCUAUCGCUCAUCUCUGUCGACUAGCAAGAAUCAUGAGACAGCCUAUGGCCAAUGCACUUUUGCUUGGUAUGGGCGGCUCCGGACGUCAAUCCCUAUCCCGAUUAGCAGCCAAUAUGUCAGAGCUGAGCUGUAUUCAGAUCGAGAUUACGAAGGCAUAUGGACAGGCUGAGUGGAGAGACGACCUUAAGCAGACAAUGCUGAAAGCUGGAGCUGAGAAUAGAGGAACUGUCUUUCUCUUUUCUGAUGCACAGAUAAAAAUGGAAUCGUUCCUUGAAGACCUGAACAACAUCCUGAGUUCUGGUGACGUGCCCAACAUCUACGAAGCAGAGGACCUCGACCGUAUCUACAUGUCCGUGCGACACGCCGUCAUGGAAAUGAGCCUUCCCGCUACUAAGACCAACCUCUUUGCCUGCUAUCAACGACGCGUGCGCAGUAACCUGCAUAUCGUUAUUGUUAUGAGUCCAGUGGGGGAGAUAUUCCGUGCUCGUCUCCGUCAGUUCCCUUCUUUAGUGAACUGCUGUACUAUCGAUUGGUUCAGUGAAUGGCCACGCACGGCACUAGACUCCGUAGCCACGCACUUCUUUAACAACAUGUACGAGCUACAGACGACUGAUGAAGUUAUCGCUUCUAUGGUGUCGGUCUGCUGUUUUGCCCACCAAAGCGUGGUAGAAGCAAGUGCUCGAUUCUUGGCGCAACUGAACAGACUGAAUUACGUCACUCCCAUGUCAUAUAUGGAGAUGCUUGCAGCGUAUGCCGAGAUGUUCAAAAAGAAACAGUUGGCUAUACUCAACGAGUCUAACGCUUUGAAAACUGGACUGAACAAGCUAAAUCAAACUGAAGUGGAAGUAAAGCAGCUGCAAAUAGAACUUGCAGAACUGAAACCUCUGAUGGAGAAAGCUGCGGAAGAGACCAGGAAGGUUAUCGACCAGAUCGCUAGUGAUACUGCUAUCGCAGAAGAGGCACGAAUUAAGGUAGAGAAGGAACAAGCAAUGGCAGAGGCUAUGGCAAAAGAAACUACUGCAAUGGCAGAAGAUGCCCAAAGGGAUUUAGACGAAGCGAUGCCAGCGCUGCGAGCUGCAGAAAAAGCAUUGCAAGAGUUGAAUCGGAAUGAUGUUGUAGAAGUAAAAGCUAUGAAGACGCCUCCAGCCGGGGUCGUAUUGGUCAUUGAGUCUCUCUGUGUAGUCUUCGACAUUAAGCCUAUUAAGGAACCUGGGCCUAAUCUUGGCCAGAAAAUCCUGAAUUACUGGAAGCCCGGGUCACAAAUGUUGGCAGACCCGACUGCGUUUUUGGACUCUCUGAUGAAGUUUGACAAGGAGUCUAUCACUGAAGAUAUGAUCAAAAAACUGAAGCGGUUCAUCAAUGACCCCAACUACGACCCACCCAAGAUUCUGAAAGUAUCGAAGGCGUGCAUGUCCCUAUGUAUGUGGGUUCACGCUAUGUACAAGUUCUACCACGUGAAUAAGGCUGUAGCGCCCAAGAAGGCGGCUCUUGAAAAGGCUUCCAAGGAUUUGCAGGUGGUUGAAGCCAUGCUUGCCAACGCUAAAGCCAAGAUGCAGGCUCUGUUAGAAGGUAUCGCUAAGCUAAACGCUUAUUUGCAAGAGAAGGAAGAAGAGAAAAGAAAGAUGGAAGAAGAUAUCAACCAGUGUUUGGCGAGAAUGGAUAGAGCGAACAGACUACUCAACGGUCUCUCGAGUGAACGAGUUCGGUGGAUCAGGACAAUCAAGGAGUUAGAUAUAGGCAUCAUUAACCUAAUUGGAGAUAUUCUGUUGAGUGCCUGUGCUGUUGGAUACGUUACGCCAUUCACAGAUGAAUUCCGUCGGGAAUUGUUGGGGCAGUGGAUUAGCCAUAUGGAGGAAGUAGAAGUUCCACAUACCCAUGGAGCAACUCCAUUGUCAACUUUGGGUGAUCCUGUUCUAAUAAGAAACUGGCAGAUGUACGGUUUGCCAAGAGAUCCAUUGUCAGUGGAGUCGGCUGUCCUGAUGUCUAACUCUCGUCGAUGGCCUCUCAUCAUAGACCCUCAAACGCAAGCCAAUAAGUGGAUAAGAGCUAUGGGCAAGAUAGAAGGUCUCGUGGUAUGCAAACCAAACGAUAGAGAUUUGUUACGUAACUUUGAGUCCGCCCUGCGGUUUGGGAAACCUAUACUUUUAGAGAAUGUUGGGCAAGAACUGGACCCAGCACUAGAUCCUGUUUUAAAACGUCAAUAUUUCCGGCAAGCAGGUCAGUUAGUACUCAAGUUAGGUGAUUCUUUAAUCCCGUACAUGCCGGGAUUCCGGCUCUACAUUACAACUAAACUGCCGAACCCCAAAUAUACUCCGGAAACAUCAGUCAAAGUGCAGAUUGUUAAUUUUGCACUUGUCCCAAGUGGUCUGGCGGAACAACUCCUCUCAAUAGUUGUGGCCCAAGAGCGACCAGAUUUGGAAGAACUCCGAGGACAACUCAUAGUUACGCGAGCACAAAUGUCAUCGCAACUGGCUGAAAUGCAGUCUGCCAUUUUGUAUGGACUAUCGAAUAGUGAAGGAUCACCGGUCGAUGAUGUACCACUCAUUUUGACUUUAGAAGCAAUUAAGAUCAAGAGCGCUGAAAUUUUGAUAAAAGUAGAAGACAUAGAGCGUACGUCAAUAGAGAUAGACGCAGCUCGUGAGGGUUAUAUACCGGUUGCGAACCGAGGACAAAUUUUGUUCUUCUGUUUAUCGGGAAUGGCAAACGUUGACCCCAUGUACCAGUAUUCUCUUGAGUGGUUUGUCAAGCUCUUCGUACGGAGCAUGGCUGAGACGGAACCGAAUGAGGAUAUAAUAGAGCGAGUGGAGAUUAUCAUAGAACACUUUACCUUUAUUCUUUAUCAAAACGUGUGCAGGAGUCUGUUUGAGCGACACAAGUUGUUAUUUGCUUUCUUGCUUUGUGCCAGAAUUCUUCUUGAUCGGGGGACUAUACGCUUCACAGAGUUUAACUUUCUUCUUAAUGGCGGCAAAAUAGAACAGGAAUUGGAUAACCCAGAACCAAAAUGGAUAUCACCUCGAAUGUGGCUGGAUAUGCAGCAGUUAGCGUCCAUCCCUACCAUGAAUCAGUUUGUGAUGGACUUCCCUGAGCACACUAAAUUCUUCAAGACCUAUUAUGAUGCCUGGAACCCGCACAAAUUGCCAUAUCCUAAACCUUUAGACACACAAUUGGACCCUUUCCAAAAACUAUUAGUGCUGAAGUGCCUUCGUCCAGACAAGGUGGUUCCCGCACUACAGGACUACGUGGUGGUAGGUCUAGGAGCUCGGUUUGUAGAGCCUCAGCCAGCAGACUUAGCUGCUUUGUACGCAGAGUCGGACCCCCUUGCACCAAUCAUAUUCGUGCUAUCCACUGGGACGGAUCCCGCUGCUGAUUUACUUAAAUUUGCGGAUAAGAUGAAAAUGGGAAAGCGUUUUGAAAGUAUAUCCCUCGGCCAGGGACAGGGACCACUCGCCGAGGCCAUGAUGAAGAUAGGAUGUGAUUUUGGGAAUUGGGUAUUCUUUCAGAAUUGUCACCUAUCUCCUUCAUGGAUGCCAGUUCUGGAGCUGAACGUGGAACAUAUUCAACCGGAAACCGUACACAAGGACUUCCGUCUCUGGCUGACUUCUACGCCUUCACCUUUCUUCCCUGUCGCGCUCUUACAGAAUGGUUACAAAAUGACCGUGGAGCCACCGCGAGGAAUCAAAGCUAAUCUGUUAAAAGCCUACAUGAACCAAGUGCCUGACUUUCUUGAUUAUUUCAACUCUAAUGAUUCUAAAGUUCCCAAUUUCAAGUGGCUGCUGUUUUCCCUAUGUUUAUUCCACGGGGUUGUUCUGGAACGACGCAAAUUCGGUCCUCUUGGAUUCAAUAUUCCUUAUGAGUUCACUGACGGUGAUCUUCGUAUAUGCAUCUCACAGCUGCACAUGUUUCUUACCGAGUAUGCUGAGGCACCGUUACGGAUGUUAACGUACGUAGCGGGCCACAUAAACUACGGUGGUCGAGUAACAGACGACUGGGACCGGCGUUGUCUGCUGACGCUACUCGCGGACUACUACAGCACUACAGUUCUUAACGACCGGUGGAUCUUUGACGAGAGCGGGGCUUAUAAACAGCAACCACCUUCGACGUCAGUAGAGGACUACACCAAGUACAUCCGUACUCUGCCCUUGAACGACGAUCCUUCCCUGUUCGGUCUGCAUAGCAAUGCUAACAUCAGUUACGCCAUGUCGGAGACCAGCACUUGCCUAAAUACACUACGUAACUUACAACCGAAAGAAGUGAGUGGUGAGGGAGGGCUGUCCGCGGAAGAGAUGACGGAAAACGCGGCUAAAGAGAUUCUGGGAGUGUUGCCACCCAUGCUGGACCAAAAGUUCAUUGCUACUACAUAUCCGGUGUCAUACAAGGAAUCUCUGAACACGGUGCUGAUGCAGGAAGCUAUCAGAUAUAACAGGCUCCUUGUCGUCAUACAAAAUUCCUUGAAAGACCUUCUGAAGGCACUGAAGGGCCUAGUUGUUAUGUCGGAAGCAUUGGAAAGCAUGUCGGGAAGUCUUGCGCUAAACUCGGUGCCCAGUAUGUGGAGUUCAAAAGCCUACCCUUCGUUGAAGCCAUUAGCCGCAUGGGUGAAAGACCUGGUGCUGCGUGUUCAGUUCAUGCAGCAAUGGGCUGACGGGGGCAUUCCCAAGGUGUUCUGGAUAUCGGGCUUUUACUUUCCGCAGGCGUUUCUAACUGGGGCUCUUCAGAAUUACGCCAGGAAACACGUUAUCGCUAUUGAUACCGUUGCUUAUGCUUUUGAGCCAUUACCGGGUCCGCCAGCGAAAAAGCCAGACGACGGCUGCUGCGUUCGUGGUCUAUUCCUGGAAGGAGCCAGGUGGAAUAUGGGAGACAUGUCGCUUGAAGAGAGCAGGCCUAAGGAGUUGCAUACUGAAAUGGCAAUAAUCUACAUGAAGCCAGAACAGAACCACAGAUUGCAGCAAGGUCUCUACGAGUGUCCGAUUUACAAGACGCUGCUCCGCGCGGGUACUUUAUCUACGACAGGACAUUCAACAAACUACGUCAUGACGAUCGAACUACCCACACACAAGCCACAAUCACAUUGGAUCAAACGAGGCGUAGCUUUGUUUUGUGCUCUUGAUUAUUAG